AUGACCCCCCAGGGCCGCUGCCUGCUCCUCCUGCUCUGCCUUCUGCCCUGCCCAGGGGUCUGGGCGAGCAGGGACACCCCAGGGCCAGAGCUCUCGGCAGCCUCCUUCCUUCAGGAUCUCCUCCGGCGCUACGGCGAGAGCGAAACCCUGACCCUGAAGCAGCUCAAGGCACUGCUGCACCGCCUGGACGUGGGCGUGGGGCACGCCAACCUCUCCCAGCAACGCAACAACCUCUCCAGGUGCUUCAGCUCCGUGGAGCUCUUUGCCAUCCACAACCUGAGCGAGGGCUCUGCCGUGGGGCGUGGUGAGUUCAGGGAGUUCUGCCCCACCAUCCUGCAGCAGCUGGAGUCGGGGGCCUGUGCCUCUGAGAACCUGGAGAACGAGGAGGAUUUUCCAGGCUCCGCCGAAGUGUGGGGCUUUGGUUUUCUCAGUGUGUCCAUGAUUAACGUGGCCUCCCUGCUCGGAGUCUUCAUCAUCCCGUGUACCCAGAAGGCCUUUUUCAGCCGGGUCCUCACGUUUUUCAUCGCCCUCUCCAUCGGCACGCUGCUCUCUAACGCGCUCUUCCAGCUCAUCCCAGAGGCGUUUGGCUUCAACCCCCAAGAAGAUUAUUACGUUUCCAAAUCCGCCGUGGUGUUUGGGGGUUUCUACCUCUUCUUCUUCACAGAGAAGAUCCUGAAGAUGCUCCUGAAGCAGAAGGAUGAGCACCACCACGGGCACAGCCACUACGGCCCCGAGGCUCUGCCGUCCAAGAAGGACCAGGACGAGGGGGUCACAGAGAAGCUGCAGAAUGGGGACCUGGACCACAUGAUCCCCCACAUAACCAACGAGCUGGAGUGCAAGAGCCCCCCCGGGGAUGAGAAGGUGGUGGUGGGCUCCCUCUCUGUCCAG